AUGGCCACUUUAAGGCGGGCCUGGGGCGUGCGCGCCCACAGCUGCGGGCCGCGAGACCCAUCAGCGCGGCCCGAGCCGGCGUCCGGGACGCGGCGGCUCGGCCGAGCUCCUCCUGCGGCGAGGCUGCCCCAGGACCCGGCACGUGGGCAACAGGCCAUGGCGGCCUCAAUUACCCGCCCGGAGCGCGGCCGAAUCUCUGGCCAGGCAAAAAUAGACCUCUUAUUAGUUGGAGAUGUCACUGUUCAGUACCUGGCUGAUAUUGCACAGAAAUCCUUUUCACAUAUUGCAAAAGUCUCCAUAACCAUCAGAGAUGUGGAGGGGGCAGCAGCACUUCUGGAGAAUUGCCCAUUUGACAUGGUUUUCUUGAAGACGACUUCUUUACCAACUGCUGAUGAGCUGGAAGCUGCCAAAUUAAUUAGAUUUGGCAAGAAGAAAAAUAUACAUUUGCUGUUUGUUUUUAUAACCCCUGAAAACUUUAAAGGUUGUGUUUCAGAGCAUGGAGCUGAUGUUACUUUAAUUGAACCACUGACAAUCGAAAAAAUGAGUAUUGUGGUAAAAUACUGGAAAACAUAUUUCUCAAAUACCGUUAAGAAUGAAUAUUCUGUGAAGCCUGAAGAACCUGGAUUGCCCAUGCAGAACUCCUGCAGUGAACACUUGGGAUAUUUUUCUACUGACCUAUUUGCUUGCUCUGAAUCACUAAGAAGUGAGACUGGGCUUGAAUUAAAGGCUCCAUUGCCAGAGUUUGAGAAAAGCAAAAAGGUUUCUCUUCUUCAUUCAAGCAAAGAAAAGCUGAGAAGAGAACGAAUCAAGUAUUGCUGUGAGCAGCUGCGUACUCUGUUGCCAUAUAUAAAGGGGAGAAAGAAUGAUGCGGCUUCGAUUCUUGAGGCAACAGUUGAUUAUGUGAAGUACGUCCGGGAGAAAAUGCCUCCAGCCAUUAUGGGCCAGAUCACGGAAGUACUUCAGAACAAUAUGAGGUUUUGUAAGAAACAAGUGUCCAUCCAGCCAUCCCUCCCAGGCCCAAUCAUGGCACAAAGGGAAAAUGGUGUAUUGACAAGUGCCUAUUCACCUGUGAGAGGGAUCAGAUUCCUGGCUAAUAAGUGUGUGAAUGUGUACUCUGUUCCUGCCUCAGGGGGCUCCUUGGAUGAAGCUGUGAGAGGUCAGUCCAGCUCCACUUCAGAGAAUGCAAUUGGUGAUAUGUAUAAAACUCGAAUUCCCAGCAAAGCUCUCUCUCUUAAUUCCUUCCAUGCUGUCAGAUACUAUUCUAAAGUUGUCCCUUCCUAUGAUGCAGCUGCUGUAACAAAUCAGAACAUUUCAGUUCAUUUUCCGUCAGCUGUGCCCAAAGUCUCAAAGUUUCUUCCUCAGCACUACAAUUCUGUGCUGGGCCAGACGUGCUCAACACAUCCCAACUGUCUGAACUGUCCCGUUUUAGAUGAAGACCCAAACCAGCCUGGCCUGCUUUCAAUGGACUCCUGA